AAUGGUGCCUGAAGAAGAGCCUCAAGACCGAGUGACUCACAAUUUUAUGUAUAGCAAAACUGUCAAGAGGCUGUCCAAGUUACGAGAGUAUCAACAGUAUCAUCCAAGCCUGACCUGCAUCAUGGAAGGAAAGGACAUAGAAGAUUGGAGCUGCUGCCCAACCCCUUGGACUUCAUUUCAGUCUAGUUGCUACUUUAUUUCUACCGUGAUGCAAUCUUGGACUGAGAGUCAAAAGAACUGUUCUGUGAUGGGGGCUGAUCUGCUGGUGAUCAACACCAAGGAAGAGCAGCAAACCCUGAAGGAAGGAAACUGA